CUGCGAAUAAUACCUAAAAUGGCCAACCCCGCCUAAGACGGAGCCAAAAUGAUCAUCGGGGGGAAAACCAUCCGACUCUUACAGGUUAUACCUACCGCUAAAAUGGCCAACCCCGCUCUGCCUCUUGCCGGUUAUAAGACUACUAUACUUGUCAAGAAGCGUAUUAUUUGGUUUAUUAGCCUCUAAUUCAAGGCCUCUGAUUUAAGACCGCUUCUUCCGUCCGCCAUCCAGCGUUGAGAUUAUGAAGGUGCUCACCACCGCCGUGGCCUUGGCAUUUCUGGCCUCUGAGGCUCAAGCCUGGAAUCAUGUCUGGUACUGGUGCGGCAGAGACAGAAAUACGUGCUUCAAUAAGGGGAAGCCUUAUGACGGUGUCUAUCCAACUGCCAAGUGCGGCCAAAAGGAAGGUUGGGACAAUUAUGACAAAGCGCAUGGAAAGUGGUAUAUGACGACGGAUGAGAUGAACGACUUUACGAAAGUAGGCGGAUUCGCCUCUUGCUGUCAUUUGGAGGGGAAGAGCGGUUGCUAUGAUAACCAGACUUAGGAGGUUCCAUGCGGGGCUGGUGUGAUGAAGGACUACGUGUGUUAUGGCUAGGGGUCCCUGACGGGCCGGAAUGGCCAAGAACAGAGAGUGUGAGUGUUCUUUCAGGACCAAAUGCUAGUAAAUCUGUACAUUGAGCCAUACUCAUUUGAAUGGAGCAAACAACGUGAACACCAAGCGUGUUUUGAGCGUGUUUCCAGCUUAUUGCCGCAAGCCACCAGCCGAGCCCUGUUAAUUGUGCCAAGCUUUGCGGCUAUACUGGAUAGCUCGACUUAAAGAGCGGCUAGGCAGGUAUAUAGAAAGGAGAAGGUUAAGGCGUAUUCAAGUCACGAAAAUCACUAGACGCGCUUUACGAACAAAGUUAUUAGAUUAGUAAAGGCCACUGAAACCCUUGCUUAAGGGGUCUAUCC